CAAUAUAAACGUCAGUUUGAUCCAAUCAAUGAACUGGAGUGGAGCUUUGUUGAUUAUUUGAAGUGGGAAUCAGCCUUUUAGAUCGAGGACUUCAAACUUUGUUGAUUCAUUCUUCAAUUACCUUCAAGAGGAACAUAAACUUGAGCUAUUCAAGCUCAAUCUCAUCAUCUUCUAUUCAUGUAUUGCAGCAACCUAUUAUUGAAUUUUCGAGAUCGACGUAAGCGGGACGGGACCGAUGAAAGGCGAGCGAGUCGAGCCGAAGAGAAGUUCAAUCCAUUGUCAUCAAGAAAAUGCUCAUUGAUUGAUUUGAAUGAAGAGGCAAGGGUUGAAGUUGAAGAUGGUGAUCAUGACGCUAAUGUAGUAGUUGAGCAAAAUGAAGAGAGAAAAAAAUAUGGAAGCACUUCAAUUCAGAAUGCUAAUAACUCAUCAAGAGAACAAAAUGCAAGGAGGACAACAGUGAGACAGUAUGUUAGAUCAAAGGUGCCUCGUCUACGUUGGACUCCUGAGCUUCAUCUCAAUUUUGUGAAUGCUGUUGAAAGGCUUGGUGGCCAAGAGAGAGCAACACCCAAGUUGGUUCUUCAGCUGAUGAAUGUGAAAGGACUAAGCAUUGCCCAUGUUAAGAGCCAUUUACAGAUGUAUCGAAGUAAGAAGCUUGACCAAACGGGGCAAGUUAUAGGAGAAGCAUGCAAUGGGGUGAUGCAUGGGCAUGGAGGAUACUUCAAUAGCAGUAAUAAUGGCAUCAUGAGCUUAUUGCUCCAACAACCAACCCGCCAUUCUUGCUGCCAUCCAGUACUCACAAGGCAUCUCCAUUCCCACUUUGGAACUGGUAGAACAACACUUUUUGCACCCUAUCAUGGCAGGCCUUACAGCCAAGUUUUGGAGCAAAAGAGUAGAUGGAGUAGCUUAGGAGAAAGGGCGUGGAAGAUGAGAAGAAUGAAUGAUCCAACGGCAAGUCAUGGAAAGAUAAGAGAGUUGAGAGAGGCAUGGGAGCCAGAGUUGCAGCUGGGAUUGAGCCACACAAAGAGUAAUAGUAAUAAAGAAAUCACCACUGAACUUUCCCUUUCUUGAAUGCUACCUGUGUGAUGUCAUAUAUACAUAUUAUACACAAAGCCAAAAGGAUAGAGAAGUGAAGUGAAGUUGUUGGUUGAGUUGCAGAGAAGAUGAUGAUGAUGAUGAUAAUAACAAUGUGGUCUCCUAUUGCAAAAUCAGCUGGCCAUGAUAAUUGUACCCAAUAAUAGUUUGAGGGACAGAGAGAAAAAAAGGGGAAGAACUUUUGCAGCCGUUUGGGUUUGAAUUCAUUUUGAGUUUUGGCAUUCAUUGCAUGUAUGGCAGACAAACAACACUCAUAAUGUAACUCAUUGCAUAUUCUUCACUUUAA